AUGGAAUCUGGGUUUGAACUUUGUUUCCCGGAGUCAGAGGUCUAUGCUGCACGGGGGGAUGCUCAUAAUCGAUUUAUGAAAGCGCAUUUUACCAACAGGGGUCACAUUACUUGCAAUGACUUAGAAAAUGCAUUCCUAAAGUCCGAAAGAGGAAGCGAGGACUUGUUCAAAUUGGGACUGCUGUAUUUUGUGGAGUUUGUGAUAAUGGAUUCUCUGUUGUUUGCUCCCGGGAAGAAAGAGAGUGAUGAAGUGAAUGAUGGGAAGGGAAAAGGACAUAAAAAAGGCAGAAACGCGCCUGUUAUACUGCGCCUCUUACGACCAAGUCAAUUGGAGAUGAGCCAACCAUAUUUGAGUUGGGGAUCAGAUGUUCCUGAAUGUGAUGCACCUAUUGUAGCUCCGCGAGUAUGUAAGGACCUUGAUGAGUUAAACUCUGUUGUGCAGCAGUUGAGGAAUGAGGUUGCAAUAUUGCACCGUGAGAAGGGUCAGCUAGAGGAGAGAGUUUUACACUUGGAAAAGUGUACCAGUCAUGCAGACGCGAGGAAGAAUGGGGAUGCUGGAGAGAGAUGA